AUGACAAAAUUGGAUGCAAGAUGGAGACCCAUAUGCUACGAAAGAGUAGACAAACUGAUGGUUCGUAGAUGGUCUGGUUCUGCAGACAAUCGUUUCCUAUUUGCGUCCCAGAAUGAUGAUGUUAUGAUUUAUGAAUUGUACAAGGCUGUUCGUGAUGAGAACCAAGAUGUGUUCAACUUUGUCGGCGUAUUGGACGAAGUUUGUGGACAACAGCAGAUCGACUUGUCCAUUAUUGUCGAUCAAGUCACACCUGCUGGUGAUUCGUUGCUUCAUGUUGCUGCUGAAUUUGGGAGGAAAGAGAUCGGAGAGCUAAUAGCUUGUUUCUUUCCCAAGCUUCUAUGUGAUAUUUCUUCGUCUUCUUUAUUUCCAUUACAAGGCAAAUAUAAAAGGCGACACUCCACUUCAUGUGCUGCUAGAACCAAGAAUAAUGAAGUGAUGAAGAUCAUUCUCUUGACGUUUGAAAAUAUUGAUACAAGUCACUUGAUAACAUCAGAGAACAAGUUUGGGAACACACCUUUGCAUGAAGCUGUUCUGAGCAAAAAUCUUGAAGGUGUUAAUAUACUAUUAAAUGCCCAUGAUGAUACUGCUCUGGCUAUUUAUUGGAACAACCCUUAUCCUAAUAAAUCGCCAAUAUAUUUGGCAGUCCUAACAGACGAUGUGGAAAUUCUUCGUCGUCUCUUGCAAAUUCCAUUCCCUUCAAAUCUGUCCAUUUCAAAGUGCCGAGGAAACUCUCCUCUUCAUGCCGCCAUAUUAGAACGCAAACCUCAUGUAUUGCAAGAGAUACUCAACGUAAGAGAAGAGUUAAUGUAUCUAAGAGAUGAAAAUGAAGAAACUCCUCUUCAUUGUGCAGCACGCGUUGGUUACUUGGAAGGUGUUAGCAUACUGUUAAACAAAUCUACUUUGACAGCCUUUCAAAAAAAUUCAGAAGGCAAUCUUCCAGUUCAUCUUGCCUGCGAGGGAGGCCAUGUUCAGGUGGUCAAAAAAUUACUUGAAGAAAAGUUUCCUUGGCAUGAUGUUAGACUUUGGCUCAACAAUAAUGGCCAAAACAUGCUUCACAUUGCAGCAAUGAAUGGAGAAAAAAAUGUGGUGAAACACUUGUUGAGAAACCCCAAGAUUAUUCAUGGUGAAAUCAUGAAUGAGAGAGAUGUUAAUGGUGAUACCCCACUUCAUUUGGCUUCAAGAAACCUUUGUCUUUGGACUUUGCUCCUUCUGUCACAAGACAAAAAGAUUGAUGUGAACCUCGUCAAUAAUAAAGAUUUCACAGCUCGAGAUAUUGUUCGAGUGCAAUGUAAAAUCCCAAUGAGACGUCAAGAGUCUCUUAAGUUUCAUUUAUUUGCAGUGUUAGUCCUUAUUGUGACUGAUAGUGUAAAAUCUGCUAAUAUACAAAUAUUGGGUGCAAGGCAUGUAGCAUCUAUCAAUACAGAAUGGAACGUAAAAGAAGCAGCCAACGCACUCAUACUUGUGGCUAUACUAAUAGUCACAGUUACAUUUGCUGCUGGUUUCUCAGUUCCAGGUGGCAUACAUGGUGCAGAUGAUAAAAUCCCAAAAGAAAGAGGCACGGCAGUUUUUGGUUCUCAAACACUAUUCGACAUAUUCAUGACUUUCAAUACAAUCGCUAUGUACAGUUCCACCUUGGGUUCUAUUAUUCUUCUAUGGGUCCAACUAGGUGAUCGUCGUUUUGCUGAAGGAGUGUAUCGGUUUGCUAAGAUUUUCGUUUAUGUGGCUCUUUUAACCAUGCCUGUCGCAUUUCUAGCUGCUAUAUGCUUGACGAUAAGAAAUAAUAUAUUACUUACAUGUAUUCUAAGUGUCAUUGGAUUCAUCUUCAUUUUCUUCAUCUAUUUUGCCCGUAUUUUGGGAAGAUUCUCACUUGGAAUUUGCCUUCCUUUUGUUCGUCAAGCCGGAGCUCUUUUUAUUAGGAUUAUUCUUGUUUUGUUUUAUGGAAAGAAUGAUAUUUUGAUUGGUGAAGAAGGAGGAAUAAUCAAUCAAAACUAUGGAGAUGAAAAAGGCAACCAAGUUGAUCCCUUGGAUAAGGAAGUUCAUCAAAGCAAUGAAGCAUAUGAUGUCCAUCUUGUCAAUAGAUUUUGUGCAUUUAGGUCCUAUCAUUAUUCUGGCCCAUAA